UCUUUUACUUGCAAGUAUUGCCGCAUUAAGCAAGUUUGAAAUGUUAUUAACUUAUUAUUAACAUCACAGAUGGAGCAGAAACACCUUUCUUGUGGCUUAGUAUGUGAUCAAUUGUCUACCCUGUCUGUAAAAUAUCCAUGGUUGGUUGCUUAAAACCUCGAAGCUGAAGAAGACGAUACCAAAUACCAGAUUUUCUAUACAAUGCACGAUUCGUUGUCUCUUUAUCGGUGUCAAAUCCCUGAGUUGUUCGGUAGAUGUAUACGAGGGUGUUUCCAUGGAUGGUUACAUGGUGAUCAGGGAGAAAUCGAGUGUGGAACUGAUUUUAAACCGGCAGAUGAGAUCAUGGAAAUACCAGUUAGGGAUGACAAGGUUGAUAUCAAUGACACGAGGAAUGAAGAGACACACAUUCUCAAUAUUCCGCCUGAUGUUUUGAGAACGAUUCUUAUGGAGUUUUGUGGUUGUGUGGAAUACCUUAACUUCCGUUUCACACGCAAACAUUUUCAAUUAGCUGCACCUAUAAUUCGAUGGAGUGAAGAAACAUCACUAAGGAGAUCGCAUAUAUAUUCAUUGAAAUCACCAUGGUUGUUGGUGUACGACAAACAUCGAGGCAUUAUCACUUUUACAGAUCCUAUGUUUGGUGACAAGUACUUUAUAAAAACGCAUCAAAAAUUGAUUGGUGAUUUGCGAAUUGUUAGAAUUGGAUACCAAAGAACGUAUUGAAUCAAAACUCGUUUAUUGAUAAUUGGUACGAUUAGGGUUACAAAUAAAUCCUUCUAUUUAUAAGCCUAAUAACUUGUUCAACAAGUAAACCUAUUUGACU